AGCAGGACGAGGAACGACACCGGGCUAACGGUUCACAGAAGUUUCAAUCUCCGCUGCUUUGCUGAGCUUUUCCUCUUCAAAUAGCGAACGCUCCAGGACCCUUCACAUGAAGGAUUGCUCCUCAAUAGACAGCAGACGGCUACCGUUGUUUUAACUUGUUCAAUUGACAUUCCUUUGGAAAUCUACGAAAAUCCAAGGAUUAUCCGCAUUCAGAAGCCCCUUCGUCAGUUUAAUAUGGAAAAAUGUCAUUCUUCAUAUUCAUUACGACUGCAGGGAUUUUAAUACAGUUGUUGUGGCAAGUUUAAUCCAGAUGUUGUGUGAUGGCAGGAUAUCACCAGCUUUAAGUGCUCAGCCCUCAUUAAGUAACCAUGGCUUACACCGGAGCUCAGAAGGCUUUGAAGAGCGAUAAGUUAGAUGAAGCUCAAGCUCUGGCCAAAAGCUGUGCAGGCAGGCCGGACUUUCUCCCCUGUGAUGGACUGUCCAUCUGCGCGACACACAGCCAUGGAAAGUGUUUCAAACUGCACUGGUGCUGCCAUUUGGGCUGGUGUCACUGUAAAUAUGUCUACCAGCCCAUGACCAAUGUCGCUCAGCUACCCAGCACACCUGUGCCGGCUGCUCCAUCUGACUGCACUGACACCAUCGAUCUGUCCAUCUCACUGACUGAACGUUUCCUCCGCAUCUCCCCCUGUUUCCUGCCUCCACCUUGUCCCGAAUCUCCCAAAUACUGCAACAUUGCCGAACUGUUCAUCGAUGACUACAUUGUUAAACGCAUCAACGGCAAGAUGUGCUACGUUCAGCGACCCCCAGUUCACCCUCCCACCCCGCCUCAGAUAAAACCCGCCUCUCUGACACCACAGAAACAACACACUGAAGACAAGGAGACUGUUGAGGAGACUGUUAAAGGACCAAAAAUGGGCCACUGCUCUUCGCCCUCCAGCUCUGAGGACUCAGGGAUCAAUGCGUUGGGAGGACACUAUCUGGAGUCCUGUGAGGAAGAGUCUGAGGAAGAGGAUGGACUUAGCACAGAUGGACAUUCCAGUCCAGGAUGUCUAUGGGACCAGGAUGAAUGCACCCUACUGUCCCCUUCCAAAUCCAUUGUGGAGAUUAUUGAAAAUAUUGAAACUACAGUGUGAUAUUUGUGUGAUCUCUCUCUCUUUGUCUGACAAGAUAAGCUCAUUGUGUUAAAAAAAAUAUUGUAUGUAGAGAAAAAUGCUAUACCCAUAAAGACACUGCUAUAUUUGCAUUUGUCUUUAAUCUCUACACUUAUUAUUACACCCCAAAUUGUCGUAAAUUUUAUGUUGAUCGCAGUCCUUGAUUUUAAACCUGCACUAUGGAAGACUUUUUGGAUAGAAGUAAACCAAAUACAAUUACUGAGCGAGAAUCAGAAAUGUGUUCCUGGCUAACCUCAGUUCACUAUAGUAUGUCAUAGUAAACUGUGGGUAAUUUAUGCUAAAUAAAUUGGGGAAUUGGGGCUAA